AUGCCUGAUUAUACCGACGAGAAGUCCAUCCUGGCACUGGGAGAAAUAGACCCUGAAUUGAAGGCAUUUCUCGAAAAGGCCAACCUGCCCACUCCUGAUUAUGACGACCUCGCUGCGUUCAAAGCUAUGGCAGCAGACCGCAAUGCCGAAGCGCUCAAAGUCCUGGGCGAUUCUCCGCCAGAGAUCAAGUCGACAGAACUACAGUACCCAACUCGUGAUGGCUCAAAACUCCGCGCAAAGCUCUACCAACCUACAAGCCCACCAAAAGCUGGCAGCCCUCUGAUCGUCAUGUACCACGGCGGCGGGUUCUGUAUCGGAGCUCCUGAAGGCGAAGAGCAAACAUGUCGAAACUUCGUUCAGGCCUUCGGCGCCGUCUGCGUCUCGGCCUCGUACCGCCUGGCACCCGAGUACAAAUUCCCGUACGCUGUCAAAGAUUCCUGGGAUGCCCUGAAAUGGGCAGCUGAGAACGCAAAGUCCUGGGGUGCUGACCCUUCAGUCGGAUUCGUCGUCGGCGGUACCUCGGCCGGCGGCAACAUCAGUGCUGUACUGGCUCACGUUGCCAGGGAUGAAGGCCUCUCCCCACCCCUGACAGGGCAGUACCUGAUCAUUCCAGCGCUUGUACCGGAGAACAAAGUACCCAAGAAGUACAAGAAGUACUCUCUCUCAUAUGAGCAGAACAAGAAUGCCCCAGUUCUCCCGAUCGCAGCAAUCGACAUGUUCAUGAAGGGUUAUGAGCCUGACGAUGACGAUGCAAUCUGGUAUGCUCCUUUCAACCAUCCCAAGGGCCACAAGGAUUUGCCUACAGCCUUGUUCCAGGUCGACGGAAUGGAUCCGUUGAGAGACGAGGCGCUCAUUUAUGAACGUGUCCUCCGAGAAGAGUACAGCCUCAAGACGAAGCUGUAUGUCUAUCCUGGCUUGCCGCACGGUCAUUGGGGCUUCUUCCCUUUCCUCAAGGCCAGUGCGACAUUCCGCAAGGAGCAGGUCGAGGGUAUGGGCUGGCUUCUCGGCAGAGAGCCCGAUUUCAGCAAAGUCGUUGUCAGCGCCGUUGUUGCAAAUGUAUAA